AUUUUACUCCGUCGUUCUUAAUUUUAUGGUUAAUCAAUUUUGCGUAGUGUUCACAUUUCAACUUGCCCCUAUGAGGGUCCUAAGGUUUGAUGGUGACCUCUUGAGAAAUACAGUAAACGAAAUUGUUAAGAUUACUGAGCUUAAAGGAAUUACAUGGCAUAGAUUUACUGAACUUAAUCGCCUAAUGAAAGGCCUCAGGUCUCACGAAAUGACGAUAAUAUCUGGCAGAACAGGAAUAGGGAAGACAACAUUCGCAUGCGAAUAUUCAUUAGAUCUUGCAGAACAGGGAGUCCCUACCCUAUGGGGGAGUUUUGAAAUGCCUCUUCGCAAGAUCUGCCGGACUCUUUUGCAGCAUGAACCACUGCAUGGAUUGACCACCGAGCAGGUCGUUUCAUGGGCUGAGCUGUUUUCUUCAAAUAUCCCCAUGUUUUUUAUUAACACUUGUGACGUCCACAGCGAAUCUGAUAUAAUCAAGAUAUGA